UCCAUAACAAAACCAGGCAGAGAUGUUGUCUGCCAUCCUGUCUUAUCUUCUACCGAUUAUCAAACUGUACUGGCUGGGUUUGAAGGUUCUGCUGGUGCAGCUGUUCAGCAGACCUUUCAGGUUGCCAGUGAUGCCCAGACAAGAUGGCAAGGUUGCCAUAGUGACAGGAGGAGGCAGGGGAAUCGGCUUUGAGGUAGUCCGCCACAUGGCAAGGCUGGGGGCACAUGUUAUCAUAGGUGGUAGGGAUGACCAGGAGGGUCUGGCGGCCGUCGGAAGGAUCUGUGAAGAGUACAAAGAGGCCAAAGUGGAGUUCUUCAGACUGGACCUAGCCUCUUUGCAGUCAGUGCGUCAGUUUGUGCAGAGCUUCAAGGAGCGGGACCUGCCGCUAAACAUUCUGGUCAAUAAUGCGGGUGUCAUGCUGGUUCCUGAAGGCCGUACUGAGGAUGGCUUUGAGCAGCACUUUGGCGUAAACUACCUAGGCCACUUCCUGUUGACCUGGCUGCUCCUGGACACUCUGAAGGAUUCUGGGAAAUGUGGUUACUUCUCGCGUGUGGUCAACGUCUCCUCCUCCGCACACAGCAUUUGCGAGAUCAGACUAAAUGAUUUAAAUAGCUGCCAGCAUUAUUCAGCCCAUGCUGCGUAUUGUCACAGUAAGCUGGCCCAGCUGUUAUUCAGUUCCCACCUCCACCAGGAGCUGCAGCGUGGAGGUUUCCCACUGAGUUCAAGUGCUGUGGAUCCUGGCAUGGUGGAUACAGCGCUCUAUCGCCACCUCUGGACACCCCUCUGCUUGGCACAGAGCAUCAUUGCUGGCCUGCUUUUCAGGACACCUGCAGAGGGGGCUGCCACUGUCCUGCACGCUGCUCUGUCACCAGCCCUGGAGGGGGAGUGUGGGGGGGGCUACUGGGUAAAUGGGCGCAAGGAGAUGACUACGCCACCGACCUUUGAUCCCCAGCUGCAGCUGAGCCUAUGGGAAACCAGCGUCCAAUUGCUGGGCCUGCAGUAGCAUGGGACGAAAGGACGUCUUACUGGACUAAACCAUCUGAUAAAGACCCUUGACUUGGACCAAAUUCUCCCUCUCUUUUUUUUCUCAGUAUUUUUUUCCCGUUCAUACCUCACAUCAAGGUGUUUGUAGCGAUUUAUGUUGACAGUCUCAGAAUCCACUGCUGGACUGUGCUUGGUUAUAAGUGGAGUGGAGACCCCCUUUUUGUUUCAGACCUGCCAAAGAAGGUCUACAGGGGAUGGUUUUUUUUUUCUUCUCGCUAUGAGCAAGCAAACAUACACAAACACACUCUAGGGUUUUAUCGAUAUAUCAUUUUGCUGUCAUAGAGACUAGGCAGCUGAUAUUAAGUUAUGAACAGAUAUCAGUUGUCAUCCAUCUCUGAUUCGGUUAAGUUUACCUAGUCAUAACUAACCUGAUGUCUGGCCCGAGAAAUCGUUCCACAGUGUCACUUUCAAAAACCUGCAAAGACACCUGUCUCACUCUGCCUUAACAUCAUUAGUCUGACCAGCAGUGAACUAAAUGCUGUUUUAGAGGCUUUUCCAUCCUGAAAAUAAAAAUCUCAGCAUACAAUUAAAAUGCAUUUUGGGCGUAAUGAUGGGUCACUUCAAAAGUUGAAUUUGUGGGUUGUACACUGGCUUCAAAAUCAUGUCGGUCAAGCCCUAGCACACAGACAAACAGAAACUCACACACACAGACACAUUCAUGCACCACAACAAUGAGUUGAUUUUUUAAGUCUAAACCUACCUUUCUGUGGCGGGGGAAUGUGAUGUCAUUAGUCGGCGUUCACACGUCAUGACAAUUGAACAGAUCUGCAGUUCUGCAUUUUUUGGUACAUUCAUGGGCUUUUACUGGUUAUUGCUACAUCCUCAUGCUAACUGCUGGUAGUUGUGUUAUAAGCUGUGUUUUAGUUGAAUUUUUGCUGUUCUCAUGAAGUCGCUGGGAAAUCAACUUCUCUUCUCUCUCUCUCCACGGCUCAGCAAUCCAACUAAGGACGAACCAAUCAAGGGAUUUGGGACAAGACACUGAGAUAUCAUGUAAAAGUAGGCCUAAAUUUGGAAUAACUCCCCCCAUAGACCUGUGAGUGAUGAGACAUUGGGUUUUGUUCUGGGGAAUUUUCGUGCUGUUGACAUUCUCUAAAGCCAGGAUUUUCGGACGUUUGUGUCCGCAUUUGUCUGCUCAGAAACAAAAAGGGAACCAACGGCUGCUCUACUCUGUCCCCAUUUUCCUUUGUGAUCUGUGUUAAUCGGUUUUACUGUGUCUGUGAUACCCGUGUGUGUUUUAAUGCACAUGAGUUAAGACUUAACUCGUGCUCUCGGCCCAAUUCAUGUUGACGGAUAGCACAAUGGUGACCACUGGACAAAGUGAGAGAGAGAGGGAAAGCACUUUAUUUUCCUCCCAGUAUUUAAACUGUGAUUGGUUCCUCAUUGCUGCUGUUGCCGUUUCCUCAUUUGGCGCCAUUCCCAGUGCAUUGUGGGAUUGAGAUUUCCCAGUGGUGAGAAUCAAACUCCAUCUGCUGAGCUGACACACACAUUCACACGGAAACAUUGGAAGUUGUACAUCCAGGCACAGGCUUAUCUAAACAAGCACACAGCAAACAAACAUGUCUGUUACUCAUGCAGGAAAACACACACACACACACACACACACACACACACACACACACACACACACACACACUGCGCCAUAAUGCCAUCUCCACUGUGAUAAACCAUUUUAGCUGUGAAGAUGAAAAAGUUUGAUCUCAAAUUAACAAGUUUUGGUAAAAAAAAAAAAAAAACCUGCCCCACAUGCCAUCCCCAUCGCUGUAUGUGUAUAUUGAUGCUUUGAAUACUGCCACUGAGCAUCCAGCAAUCGUUACCGUAUGUGAAGCAAUAGUAUCACUGUGGUAGCUAAUUCAGCCAGUAGCACAGAGCCAGACAUUCAGAAUAGGAACCCAAGAAAGUAAAAGUAUAUAAAUGAAAAAGAUACCAGCUUCAAGUUACCCAUAAUAUCAGGAAUUCAAAAUUUCUCUGUCUUCAUGUGUAAAAAAAAAAGAUGUUUUUAGUGUGCAUCAUUAUGAAUGGUUAAAUUUAAAAUUCUGUUGUUUUUCAAGCAGUUUGAAGAUGUGUCGGGCACUAAAUCUUGUGAAGGGCGCAGCCCUCUAAAAGGUCAGGUCCUCCCCCACUAUAUGAGGUCUAGACUCAGAGAUAAAAACUAAUGGUGUGUUCAGGCACUCCUUGUCAACUCAAUCAUAGGAUUUUGUCAGCAAAGUUUGCAGUAAAAGCGAUGUUGAUUAACCCCAGGCGAACCGAGUUAAUGGUAAAUAUCCAUACUACUUCUUGUAAUGCCCUGUGAGUAACACAUCCAUGCUGCAAAUAGUGGAGUUCCUUCCAUUAUUUACAACUCAUUGUCAGUACAGUCCAUGUGAUAUGAUUAGCUGUGGAAGAUCUCUUCAACAGAAGUACCUGGUAAAUCUGACAGAUGACAUAAACUUAUGAGUUGACAGUGAUUGCCGGAAUGCUUCAUUGAACAGUUGACCAGCACACAAUAGAUUGUUGAAUCUUGAGGGGCCAGUUGUGGAAAAAAAGAAAGAAAAGUGUUUCCUGGCCUUUUGUGGAGGAGCCUUUGAGAUGUAACAGGCAUCUUUGGCUCAUUUUGAUGAAAUACAGAGUCUGAAGGGUUUAGAAAAAUGCUGCGGUCAUGUCAUAUGGGGUGUAUGGUGGACAAGGAGAGGGUUUCCAUGCUUACGACUUUUAAGCUGAUAAUUACAAUAACUGAUAUGAAAUAAAAGCAGCAUAACACCAGGAAAACAUGUCACAGCUUACUCAAACCUGUCCAAUCAGUUCAAUUUUCAAUAUUUGAAGUAGGGAUGGGCAAGGGUACACGGGUCAGUUUUUCCCACAAAAUUAAAAAAAUGAUUCCAGUGAGCCAGUCAGGACCCUGUGUGUUGAAGAUUAAAUUAAACAGUGUCAGUAAAACUUUUGACUUAACAUUAGUUUGCGAAUAUCACAAUGCUUAGUGUAUUUAAAAAGAGAGUUGAAUUCAUGUUUGAAAUUCUAAGUUUGAUGUUAUUUUCUGGUGUAGAAGUUUUGUGUAAAUUGACUCUAAAUGCCAGCAAUACUCCUCACUUCUCGAGCACCUUUUCCUCUACUCAGUGUUGUCAAACUGCUCGGAAACAAACUGUUUUAUCGCCUCAGUGCUUCCUUGUUUGACUGUAUGGUUCCCCGAAGCUACUGUAAGGUACUGACUAAAUAACAGAAUAACAAACAACAAAACCUAGGCCCGUUUAAACAAAUGCGCUCGCUUCCCUUCACACAAAAGAAAACACCAGCUUACUACUCAGCAGCGCUCAUUUAAAAAGUACCAUUUUGGGCUACAUCCUGUCAAAGAGCUACCGUGUUUUCACAGUCCAGCUGCCACAGUAGAAGUAAUGAUACCUGAGGGGGAGAGACGGAGGACGUCAUUAGCCGUCUUUCCCAUCUGAGCACAAGGCUUUCCAAAGACAAGGCAAGGAGGAGUGUGAGCCUUGGUGUUCUUGUUGUAUCAGAAGAGGGCUGCUAAAUUAUCAAUGAUUACCUUGUUAUAUAUUUACCGUUACUUCUGAAGCGUUCUAUACAGACAAGAAUACACAGUGAACUUUCUGAACUUGAAUAUAGAAAAAGAGCAAAAAAACAGCUCAAGUAACUUGUCUGUGAUAUUGUCUGUAUGUGAUUUACUCGUAUAUGAUUAUUUCAAAGCCGCUGGACGUUGACCAGUGGAGCUGUAUGUAGACUGAAAAUGUUCUAAUAGCCAUUCUUCUUUCUGACGUGGGAUUACAUUUAUAUUAAAUGUUUCAGUCCCAAGUUCUGCAAAUCCUAAAUGUGUAUAUGUAUAGGAAGAGAGAUAAUAUAAAGAUGUAUACAGGGGUUGAACAGAUGGACUGAGUCCUUACGCUGGUAGUAAGAGAAAACACAUCUCACCUUUAUGCCCCUAUACCAUUUUCUCCUUUGGCUGCAAGUGCAACCUUUUCACUUGCGUCCCUGCGGGCUGCAUAUAGAGCAUAUGUUCCCACUUCAGAUCCAGUGUAAAUAUUCAGUCAAUCUGCCUCCCCCCUGAGGACUUAAAUGGACGAAAAUGUUUUAUUUUUAUCAUUAUUUUGUUGUUGUUAAGACACACAUCUUAUUGCUUUUGCCGUGCCUAAGAAAAAAAUCUCCCUCAUAUAUGUGUAACUGUGAAUUUUUUCAUGUAGAAAUGAGCUUAUAGAAACUGUGAUUAUCGUCUCGUCCUGUGCAUUGCCGUAAGUUUUUUCUCUCUUUGGGAGUGAUGGAGGUGACGAGUUUGUGUGCAUUGUGAGAGUGUGUGAGUGUGUAUGUGUGUGUGUCUAGAUAAGGGAGUUCAUGUCCAUGUUUUUUGUCAAUGGUUGUGACAUUCCAGCAGCAGCCACCACCUUUUCUAUUAUCCAAAGCCUCUCAAUAAACAUAUC